CGGCGGGGCCGCGGGGCCGGCGGCGUCCGGGCCGGGGCGCGCGGGCGGCAGCGGAGGUGCGGCCCGGAGCCAUGGUGAUCAUGUCGGAGUUCAGCGCGGCCCCGGCGGGCGCGGGCCAGGGCCAGCAGAAGCCCCUCCGCGUGGGCUUCUACGACGUGGAGCGGACUCUCGGCAAAGGCAAUUUUGCGGUAGUGAAGCUGGCGCGGCAUCGAGUCACCAAAACGCAGGUUGCAAUAAAAAUAAUAGAUAAAACACGAUUAGAUUCAAGCAAUUUGGAGAAAAUCUACCGCGAGGUCCAGCUCAUGAAGCUCCUGAACCACCCGCACAUCAUCAAACUUUACCAGGUUAUGGAAACAAAGGAUAUGCUGUACAUUGUCACCGAAUUUGCAAAAAAUGGAGAAAUGUUUGACUAUUUAACUUCCAACGGACACCUGAGUGAGAAUGAAGCACGGAAGAAGUUCUGGCAGAUUCUGUCAGCUGUGGAGUACUGCCACAACCACCACAUAGUCCACCGGGACCUCAAGACGGAGAACUUGCUGCUGGACAGCAACAUGGACAUCAAGUUGGCAGACUUUGGGUUUGGGAACUUCUACAAUCCAGGAGAGCCUCUGUCCACGUGGUGUGGGAGCCCGCCAUAUGCAGCCCCUGAAGUCUUUGAGGGGAAGGAGUAUGAAGGCCCCCAGCUGGACAUCUGGAGCCUUGGUGUUGUGCUGUAUGUCCUCGUCUGUGGUUCUCUCCCUUUUGAUGGGCCCAACCUUCCAACGCUGAGGCAGCGGGUGCUGGAGGGCCGGUUCCGCAUUCCCUUCUUCAUGUCUCAAGACUGUGAGACGCUGAUCCGCCGCAUGCUGGUGGUGGACCCUGCCAAACGCAUCACCAUUGCCCAGAUCUGGCAGCACCGGUGGAUGCAGGCGGAUCCCUCCCUCCUUCAGCAGGCUGACCCCACCUUCUCUGUGCAUAGCUACGCCUCCAACCUGGGCGACUACAAUGAGCAGGUGCUGGGCAUCAUGCAGGCCCUUGGCAUUGACCGGCAGAGGACUGUGGAGUCACUGCAGAACAGCAGCUACAACCACUUUGCUGCCAUUUACUACCUCCUGCUUGAGCGCCUCAAGGAGCAGCGGAGCACACAGCCACCUGUCCGCCCCGGGCCCACCAGGCAGCCCCGGCCCCGCAGCGCAGACCUCAGUAACUGCGAGGUGCCUCAGGAAGGCCGCCCGGGUGACCCUUUCCGAUCCUGCCUACUGUGCCCACAGCCCCAGGCCUUGGCACAGUCUGUCCUGCAGGCCGAGAUGGAUUGUGACCUCCAAAGCUCCCUGCAGCCCUUGUUCUUCCCAGUGGAUGCCAACUGCAAUGGAAUGUUCCAGCACCGCCCCAUCUCCCCCAGCAGCCUUCUGGACACGGCCAUCAGCGAGGAGGCCAGGCUGGGUCCUGGCCUGGAGGAGGAGCAGGAGGCCCAGGAUCCCCUGCCGGGCAGCACAGGCCGGAGGCACACCCUGGCUGAGGUCUCCACCUACUUCUCCCCAGUCACCCCUCCCUGUAUAGUCGUCUCCUCUUCCUCCGCUGCGGCCACUGCCUCAGAAGGAACCAGCUCUGACAGCUGUCUGACCUUCUCUGCAGGCGAAGGUCCCGUUGGGCUUGGCAGCAGCCUGGCCACCCAGGGGCUGCUGGGCACCUGCUCCCCAGUCAGAUUGGCCUCGCCAUUUCUUGGGUCACAGUCUGCCACCCCUGUGCUGCAGGCUCAGGGUGGCCUGGGCAGAGCGGUCCUGCUCCCUGUCAGCUUCCAGGAGGGACGGAGGGCAUCAGACACCUCACUGACUCAAGGGCUCAAGGCCUUCCGGCAGCAGCUGAGGAAGAAUGCAAGGACCAAGGGGCUCCUGGGGCUGAACAAGAUCAAGGGGCUGGCUCGCCAGGUGUGCCAGUCCUCCUCCAGCCGGGCCUCCCGGGGCGGCCUAGGCACCUUGCACACCCCCAUCCAGAGCCCAGGCCUGCAGGGCAGUGGCGCCAGUGGCCGGGAGGGCAGGAACCUGCUGGAGGAGGUGCUGCAGCAGCAGAGGCUGCUCCAGUUACAGCACCACCCAGCCGCCCUGCCCAGCUGCCCGCAGGCACCACCACUGCCCGCCUCCUAUGUGCUCGCCCCCUGUGACGGCCUCCUUGCGUCGGGGCUCCCGCUGCUGCCUGCCCCGCUCUUCCAGGCCGGUGUGUCCCCCGUGGUGUCAGCUGCACAGCUUCUGGGCGCCCAGCUGCACAUCAGCACCAGCCCGGCAGCCCUCCCCACGGGGUCCCCACCACUGUCCCUCACCAGACUAGCCCCAGGUUGUGACCCUGCUGGGCUGCCGCAGGGGGAUUGCGAGAUGGAAGACCUGACCUCUGGCCAGCGGGGGACGUUUGUCCUGGUGCAGUGAGGGCAGCCCCACUGCGUUCGCCAUGGCCGCUGACUUGUCAAGCAAUAACUUCAGAGUAUGUGAAGACAUUUUGGACUCAAAGCCAAGAACUUUUUAGAAGCGAAACAAGCAAUACGUUAGGUGUAUGGGCUUUUUAGUUUAUUUUUUGUUUGGUUGUUAUUUUUUUCUUGCACUGAGUGACCUCAACUAGGAGUAGGGACUGGAAACUUUUUGAAGAAAAAUAAUAAUCGAGGAGGGAGUGUGGUGGGGGCGGGUGGGAAGGGGCGAGGGGCGGGAACCUGGCUGCCUCCCUGACUGCGACAGGCGCAUUCUGCUCCCCCACGCGAGGUGGCGUCCAUGUUGGCUUUAGCUCUAGCUCCACUUCUUGAAACGUUCAUGCUGUAACGAAAACUGUGAACUUGCUGCUUCGCGCAUCAGUUUAGAACAGUCCUCUGGGUCCGCCAGGUGGUGGAUCUCUCCCCAGCACCAGAGGCAGGUUACUCCAGAGGGACCGUCAUGCGCUGCUCAAGGCAGCUCUGCAGGAUCCUCUGGGGAGCCCCGAGGAAGGAGGGCCUGGGAGCGGGUGGCGCCCUGACCCAGAGCCCGGGCACCGCGAGGAGGCCGAGGUUUCUUCCUGCUGCGCAUUCAUUUCUGCUGCUAAUUACUAAGUUGUUAUGCAUUUCAUUAUCAGGGUCCAACAGCAAUGCCUCACCUGGGGGAGGUGGUCAGGGUCGGGCCCUGGGAAGUGGACGCGGGCUUGCUGCCGGCCGCUUCCCCUGGCAUCGGCCCCGGGCUGUGCACUCUCAUCUGGCUUUUGUUCGCGGAAGGUGAAACGGGAAACUUGGGUCAGUGUUUGUAAAGCGUUCUUUUUUUAAGCAGAUACUGUAUGUGUAUAUAAUAGGAGACAAUAGACACUACUUAUUUUUUAUAUUUUGUACUACACUUUUGUGUUCCUGGUUUGAACCUCUUGGGCACAUUGAGAAGCAUCCCCCAGCACCAGGUUGUGUUGAGGAAGGGGCCACGGCUGGAGCUGGCGGAGGAGGAGUGGCCUGGUCUGACCGGCGCAGCUGCCCUCAGCAGGCGAACCCAGCGUUCAGCCAGCCAGAAGCCUCCCUGGGACAGGGAUCCAUGUCCCUUGCCCUGUGCAGUUCCCCUCCCUGACCAGGUGCCUUCAGCCUGGUGGCUUGCAACCCAGUGUUACGGAGGUCAGAGGUCAUCCUGAAGGGGACAGUGGGUUUUUUUAAAAGCCAAAGAUUGACCGAGCUACUUGAGGGUCACGGAGGCCGGUGCGCCUCAGUGCGAGGUGUGGCGUGUGACCCUGCCCACCAGCCGCCUGGCCUGUCUCCCUGCCUGUGUCUGCUGCUGCUGCCACUUGCUGUGGCUUUUUCAGUGACUGCGGAGGACUGUCCUUGGGGGGGCGGACCUGGUGCCUGGCCGCAGAGAAAACACCAAAGUCUCCCUCCUGCCUGCGCCUGGCGCAGCCUGGGCCUCCCACGGCUCCCGUCCCAGCGCCACCGAUCAAAGGCAUCCGUACCGCUGUGUUCUCUCUGAAGCAACGACAAGCACUUUACUUUCAUAGCGUAUUUAGUUUUUCUUGUGCUGUAGACCCUCUGGGAGGAAGGCCAAGUCGCGUUUCCGUUUCUCGCUGUCUUAGGCGUGCCGUGCUUUCUAGAUUUCUCAGCGGCGCUUCAGACUGUAACGCGACAGCCUGUUUAGACACUACGUGAUCUGCUGGAGAUGUAUAUAAUUUUUUUUUUUUUUUUUUUUUACCAUAACUGAAUUGUUUCUUUCUUUUGUUAACGUGAUAAAUGUAUGCCAAAUGAUUAGUUGACAUAUUUUUUUUAAUUUAAUAUUUAAAUAAACUAUUUGGGGAACCCUU